AUGUCUGUAACUAUCACUACCUCGUUGGGAGACCUGAAGUUAGAAUUGUUUAUAGAUCUAUGCCCACGCGCUUGUGAGAAUUUCCUUGCUCUAUGCGGCAGUGGUUACUAUGAAGGACUGGAGAUCCUACCAACACCGGUAAAGGAGGCGAGUGUAUAUGGGGAGGAACCUUUGACAGCGAGAUACACGCUUCAUUGA